CGUCCCCCUUCCACGCCCGGCCCCUCCAGUGACAUCAGCGAGGAGGUCCCUGCGCGGACGUCGAGGGGACGCCGAGGCGCUCGCUCGCUCGCCAGCCUCGCCUCCUGCUCGGCUCCAUUCCCGGCGCUGGAGCGCUGCCCUCCUUGCUGGCCCCGGGGCGGGCGGCUCGACGGCCAGCGGAGGAGAUUUGUCUCAAGUUGUAAAAAAACCACCCCCCAAAAAACAAACAGCACCCUAAACGCACUUGUAGCUUAAAGCUUCUGAAGAAAAAUGGCACAACUCUUGUAGAGAAGAUGGCCCACUAGAUUCUCAGGGAAGGGCACAAAUCUCAAGAUGGCGGCCCAGAGGAUUCGUGCUGCCAAUGCCAGCGGGCUCCCCCGGUGCAGAUCUGAGGGGACACUGAUUGACCUGAGUGAAGAAUUUUCUGAAACCAGCUUCAGUUCUGUCAAAGUGCCUUCUCCUAGUGCCUUGAUGAUAGACAAUCCUACGUCAUUUGGAAAUGCAAAGGAAGUUGUAGCAAUUAAAGACUACUGCCCCAACAAUUUCACCACCUUGAAGUUCUCCAAGGGUGACCACCUUUAUGUCUUAGAUACUUCAGGAGGUGAGUGGUGGUAUGCUCACAAUACCACAGAGAUGGGCUAUAUCCCGUCCUCCUACGUUCAGCCUGUAAACUACCGGAACUCUUCAUUAACGGACAGUGGAAUGAUAGACCAUCUGCUGGAAAGCUCCGAUGAGGGAGCCAAAGAGCUGGACCUGCUUGGAGACUGGACAGAUUUAAACCUGAGCUUAGCCAAAAACAACCCUUUUAUGAAUAACAUGCAGACUAACCCUUUUCUGAAUGGGAAUUUGCAGAUAAUGCCUGAUAGGAACAAGGAUUGCUCCCACCAAACCACUGUGGAUUUGUUGCUGUUUGACACAGGGGCGCCCACCUUUACAGGGUCAAGUUCUGCAACUGACAGCAGUCUAGGUAACCAUCUUGAUGAGGGUCCAUCAAUGAAUGGAUUUGAGUUUGAGCAGCCAAGCAGGCGGGACAAUCCUUUUUUCAGAAGCAAGCGCUCCUACAGUUUAUCAGAGCUCUCUGUACUCCAGGCAAAGUCAGAAAACCCAGAAUCCUCAGGCUUCUUCACAGGGUUGAAAUCUCCUACCCCAGAGGAAUUCCAGAGCAGAGAAGACUUCAGAGCUGCAUGGCUGAACCAUCGAAAAUUAGCAAGGUCUUGCCAUGACCUGGAUCUGCUGGGCCAGAACCCUGGUUGGGGUCAGACACAACCUGUGGAGACCAACAUUGUUUGCAAGCUAGAUAGUUCUGGGGGAGCAGUUCAGCUUCCAGAUACAAAUAUCAACAUGCGUCUUCCGGAAGGGCACGUGGGUGCUGGCGACACUCAACAAAUCUCCAUGAAGGCUCUUUUGGACCCUCCUCUUGAGCUCAACAGUGACAAAUGCAGCACCAUCAGCCCUGUGCUAGAGAUUAAGCUGAGCAACAUGGAAACCAAAACCCCCCUCCUGCUGGAGAUGAAAAUUUCAGCGGAAGUGAAGAAUGACCCAGUGAGCAAGAGUUUGGUGGGAGUGCAGUGCCUGCGCAGCGACAUGAAGGACGGUCCAUACACACCGGUGCGACUUGGCUGUUGCUAUGGAGACAGCAUCCAGGUUCAGCUGGAAAACCUGGAGCCUUGCAUGUACAUAGCCAUUGUGGCCCAGGGACAGAACAUUCCAUAUCCUUACACUGUCUGGGAUUACAUUAGUAAAAAAAUCACAGUUGGAGUCUAUGGGCCAAAGCACAUACACCCUUCUUUUAAAACUGUGGUGGCCAUCUUUGGACAUGAUUGUGCCCCCAAGACUCUGCUGGUGAAUGAAGUUACACGUCAUGCACAUUGUACAUCGGCAGUGGCGCUGCAGUUGUGGGGGAAGCACCAGUUCACCUUAGCGAGGCCGCAAGACCUAAAGCUGUGCAUGUUUUCAAACAUGACUAACUAUGAGGUAAGAGCCAGCGAGCAGGCAAAAAUCGUGAGGGGCUUCCAGAUGAAACUGGGCAAAGUCAGCCGCCUCAUAUUCCCCAUCAUGUCACAUGAUCCCAACGAACUGUAUGACUUCACCCUGAGAAUACAAGUCAAGGAUGCUAAGGAUGCCAUAUUGACUCAGUUCUGUGUUCAAACACCACAGCCUCCUCCCAAAAGUGCUAUCAGGUCAAGUGGGCAGCGAAGGUUCCUGAAAAAAAAUGAAGUGGGGAAAAUAAUCCUGUCUCCUCUUGCAACCACCAGCAAAUACCCUGUCUUCCAGGAUCGGAUAGUGGCAAGCUUAAAAUAUGGGAAACUACUGAAAACUGUAGUGCGGCAAAACAAAAACCAUUAUCUCUUGGAAUAUAAGAAAGGGGAUGCCAUAGCCUUGCUAAGUGAGGAGAAAAUCAAGUUGAAAGGUCAGCUCUGGACAAAGGAAUGGUACAUUGGUUACUAUCAGGGUAAAAUUGGCCUUGUCCAUACCAAAAAUGUUUUAGUUGUUGGGAAAGCCAAGCCGAAUUAUUUCUCUGGGCCCGAGCUCACCACCAGUAUGUUGCUGGAGCAAAUCCUGCGGCCUUGUAAGUUUCUCACCUAUAUCUAUGCUUCAGUAAGGACUUUGCUCAUGGAAAACAUUAGCAGCUGGCGUGCGUUUGCAGAUGCUCUGGGAUACAGCAACUUGCCACUUGUUUUCUUCUGUCGAGCGGAGCUGGACAGUGAGCCAGAAUGUGUGGCUUCUGUGUUGGAGAAAUUGAAAGAAGACUGUAAUAAUUCCGACAGUAAGGAUAGGAAGUCUUUCCAGAAGGAACUGAUGUCAGCCUUGCUGAAAAUGGACUGCCAGGGCUUGGUUGUGAGGCUAAUUCAGGAUUUUGUGCUUCUGACUACGGCUGUGGAAGUGGCCCAGCGCUGGAGAGAGCUUGCUGAGAAACUGGCCAAGGUCUCCAAGCAACAGAUGGAUGCUUAUGAAGCCCCCCAUCGAGACAAGAACGGAGCUGUGGAUAGUGAGGCAAUGUGGAAACCAGCGUAUGACUUUAUGCUCACAUGGAGCAAUCAGAUGGGAGACAGUUAUCGCGAUGUGACACAAGAGCUGCACAUUGGCCUUGACAAGAUGAAAAAUCCCAUCACAAAACGCUGGAAGCAUCUCACUGGAACACUAAUUUUAGUCAACUCCCUGGAGAUUUUGAGGGCAUCUGCCUUCAGCCCACAAGACCAUGAUGAUUAUGCUAUAUGAAGGGGAGCCCGAACUUCUCGAUGCUUCUUAUUUGUAUGUUUUUAACUAAAACACAGUGGGAAGACACUUCUGCAAAGCCAAAGUUUUGAGCAAUAGUUUCUGUGCUCAGACUGCAAACUUCUUACUGUUGCCGCUCCCUGGUGCAGAAGACACUCAAGACUCUUGUUUUCUAUGCUCUGUGGUUGAAAGCUUUUCUUAAUUUGUAACAUUUAAAAUGGAACUUUUUUAGGCAUUUGCAGAUAUCAGCCUUGAAAGUUGAAAUUACUUUGGAGAGCUACCAUUUCUGUGUAACAUGAAACACAUUUUUGCCCCCUUUAAAACUAUCAUUCCUCAAUGAGUCAUUGAUAUGCAUUAAAAUGAAGCACAGUCAGGCAUCUUGCAAGCAUUUGCAAUUUCUAAUGUGCCGCUCUGAAAACAGUUUAUACAUUAGUGUGCUAACACGCCCCCCCCCAUCCAGUGAUCCUAUCGGUCUUAUAAAUGACUCUCCAUGGUUCGCUUUUAUGUACACCUUUUCGUAAGGAAGAAAAAGCACACUUCCUCCCCCACCCCCACUGAAGUGAUUUUGUUACCUAAAAUUUAGGACUAUGUGCUAGUGCUCAAGCUGCUUCAGAUCCAUGAUUAGAAAUAACUAGAAACAAUUUCAGAUUAUAGGACCGAUCCAUCCCCUUUCACAUUUUAGAAAAUUGUAAUGGAUACCAUUUAUGGUCAAAUAGCAUUUCACAGGUCUCUAACAGUAGUGUCUUGACCAUCUCUGCUGGCAGGUGACUGUCACCAGAAGUUUACAUUGUAUUAUUUUAAAUGCAGAAACAAGUAUUCGAUAGUGGUUGUAAGUGUGCCAUUGUUUAAGCUGAAGUUUUAGGAUUAGUUCUUUCGAGGGUCAUUGCCUGUGUUGAGGCUGCACCACUUGAAGCUCACAUGACCGAAUGUGUCUCUAUUCCACACAUUCUCUGGAUGCAGAAAACUGACUCCUCAAAGGGAAGCCUAUAAUCCGCUCCCCCUCCCCAAAACACAUAGAGCAGCCGUCUGCAACCUCCAAAGGUUCUGGAGCUCCAUCAGCCUUAGUGCGCAUAGGGAUGAUGGCAGUAUAGCCUCAAACAUCUGGAGGACCACAAGUUGUGAAGAGCAACUUACCAUGUGAGGCCCUGCGUGCAGUCUGAAGUAUUUUCAGCCUAGACACAUUUUCCACCUUAAGUAAGAACUAGACCUACCUCUGAUCAGGUGCCUAGUUGGUCACUCAGAAAUGCUUGACUUGACAGCACUCUCUCAUUGUGUUCCCAAGGGUAUUCUGUUCAUUUAUUAGCCCUUAGGUCACUGGGAUUCACCUUAUGUGCUGUAUGAGCAUUCAAGAGCUGAAAUGACAUCACCUCUGUGAUGUCAUGUACCGUAUAACGCUAUAGAAAGAAGUCUAGUUGUACAACUUUCAAAUGAAGGUUUUUGUGAAGCCCUUUAAGUCUACCUCUUGAUUCCAAAAUACUUCAUGUGGGAAACGUUUUCAUUUUUUCUAGUGUGUGCAUUGGUUUUUUGCACAAGAGAUUUUCAUAACACAUUUACUAAAUUUCCCAAGACACUGUUCAAAUGUUGAAUAUUAAAGGGAACGUGAUCACUAUUAGUAAUGUUUUAAACCUGUUUUCCCAUUUUAGAAACAUGUCACAGCUUUGUUCUUUGGAACAAGCUGACCUUUUAAGCAACUUGGGUUAUACAACACAACUUUCCUAUCAACAGUUCCAGAAUUUGAAGAAAGCAUGCUCCAAGCUUGUUGGAAAGGUGUUCCUAUUGUUUGCGUACAUGUUUAAUUAGUGAGGAAAGUGCUUGUCAUUUAUUUGCUUUCUUAGCCGGCUCCUUUUAAAUGUCCUCCCUAUGUACUUUCCUACUCUGUCUAAUGAAAAGCACCUUAAACUUGGGGUUUUGUUGCAAGAGAUUGAAGCAGAUUCCUAUGCAAGUGUUCACAUAACAUGUUUGAAGUUGGUUAGGCUAGUGGUAUUAUCCCGUGCUCAUGGAAGUCAUUUUUCCAAAGCAUGCCUGUUUUUCUCUCUUGACAAAACCAGAAUCUGCACAUGAUCCUGAGUAGCAUGUUUGAGUGUAGGGAAGGAAAAACAAUCCCCCUUGUAUGAAAUAUGAUGCAAGAUGGCAAGCCACAGCAGUUAAGGGUAAAAUAUUUUUAAUUGGCCUGGGGGGUGGGGCUUCUCUUUCAUUGUGAUAUUUUUCAGAAAUAAAACAAGUCCAUGGAAUGGUUAGUCUCUCUCUAGAUACACGGAAACCUGAGGGGAAUAUUAUUGCACAUGAUAGUCUAGGCUCCCCUCAGAUGGAUGGGGCUGUGAGAAUGCAGGUCUGCUCCUGUGUAUAAAUGUUCUCACUGUAUGUGCGCAAUCACUGAGGUAAUGAUAAUGUGUCCAAGGUAGCCUUAUUCUGCACCUGCCUCUGUGCCAGACGUGAAACUUUCAUCCGUGAUACUUGGUUACAGUGAUUGUGGACUCUACAGAUUCAGUCACAGAGUUAGUUUGUACUUCUGUGUCUUGUAAGAGCAGAAUCGAGCUGCAGCAAUGAGAUUUUAAUCAAUUUUAACAGUGGGAGUUUAAAGCUGGCUAUUGGGGGAGAUUUCAUUUCCAUAAAUUGGAUGAAAUAUUCCAUGAGAUAUUUUUUUUUGGGGGGGGGAGGCAGGGAAAUGGUCUGGUUUGCCUUUUUCUGCCAUUUUUAUCAAACUACCUCAGGUCCUACACACUUUUUCAUGUUUUGACUUAAAGUCUAAAAGCUCCCCUGGAUGAUUACUACACACCACCGACACUACACUAUGGAGAACUAUCAAAUCACAACAGCAGCUUUUCUAGAUUAGUUUGAUGCAAUUGCUGCAUGACUGAUUUUCUGUUUUGACUCAAAAAAAGUCAGGUCCUAGCACAUAGUUGGAGUGGUUUGUAUGUUCAGCCAAAUGCCUUUCACUCAAAGUAUGUCCUUACAUUGUAAGCUUGCUUUGGAUUUUACAUUAAUACACUGUACAAGUAGUUUGUUGUACAUUUUUUAAAAUAAAAAAAACUUGUCAAAACUACAAUUAAAGCAGAUAUUUGAACACUG